AUGUCUUUUGUAGCGCUCGUGAGCCCAGCCACGUCGCCAUGGAGCUUCCUGGUAUGCAGUCUCGCUGGCCUGUUGCUUCUGUGGCUGGCCGCCUGGCUCCUUGACCGGCUGUGGUGGUGGCCACGGCGGCUUGAGAGGACACUGUGUGCGCAGGGCCUUCGUGGCAGACCGUACCGCUUCCUCAUCGGCGACCUAAUGGACAACUAUGUGAGGAAAAACAAGGAGGCAUCAAUGCCGCUGCGCUGCCACAACAUCGCCCCCUACGUCGUACCUUUCCUCCACAAGACUGUCCAGGAGCAUGGCAAGACGUGCAUCUCCUGGUUUGGCCCGAUACCCAAGGUGACCAUCGCUGAUGCUGAGCUGACCAGGCAAGUGAUGUCCAGCAAGUCUGGCCACUUUGAGAAGCUCCAGUUUCGGAAGCUGUCCAGGCUGCUCGCCGAAGGCCUAGCAACCUACGAAGGCGAGAAGUGGGUCAAGCACCGGAGGAUAGUCAACCCAGCAUUCCAUCUCGAGAAGCUGAAACUCAUGCUUCCGGCGUUCUCUUCCUGCUGCGAAGAGCUUGUCACCAGAUGGACAGGGUCCCUUGGUUCCGACGAUGGUCACUGCGAGCUUGAUGUCUGCCCAGAGUUCCAUAGCCUCGCCGGAGAUGCCAUUUCGCGCACCGCAUUUGGGAGCAGCUACCUUGAAGGGAAAAGGAUUUUCGAGCUGCAGUCCGAGCAGGCUGACCGCAUCUUGGCCAGCGUCAAGAUGAUCUUCAUUCCAGGAUACCUGUCCUUGCCUUCCAAAAGCAACAAAAGGCUGCAUAAUAUUAAUAAUGAGAUUGAAUCCAUUCUACAAGGUCUAAUUGAGAAAAGAAUGCAAGCUAUGAAACAAGGAGAAAACACCAAGGAUGAUUUACUCAGCUUAAUGCUUGAGUCAAACAUGAGGGAAACCGAUGACAAUGGACAAUCCAUCAAAGGAAUGACUAUCAAAGAGGUGAUAGAGGAAUGCAAAAUGUUCUAUUUUGUAGGGACAGAGACAACAUCAAUACUGCUCACAUGGACAAUGAUCCUACUGAGCAUGCACCCUGAGUGGCAGGACCGUGCAAGGGAGGAGGUCCUUGGCCUAUUUGGGAAGAACCAACCUGAGUACAACGGCUUUAGCAAGCUCAAAACUGUUACUACGAUUCUUUAUGAGGUCCUUCGAUUGUACCCGCCGUCCAUUGCAUUGGUCCGAAGAACAUACAAGGAGAUGGAAAUUGGGGGCAUCACAUACCCCGCUGGAGUGCUCAUCGAGAUGCCGGUGCUGCUCAUUCACCAUGACCCGGACAUCUGGGGAACCGACGUGCAUGAGUUCAGGCCGGAGAGGUUUGCUGAUGGAAUCUCCAAGGCAUCCAACGAUCCAAGUGCCUUCCUCCCGUUUGGUUGGGGGCCAAGGAUCUGCAUUGGUCAGAAUUUCGCGCUACUUGAGGCUAAGAUGGCCCUGUGCAUGAUCCUUCAACACUUUGAAUUUGAGCUUGCGCCGACAUAUACUCAUGCACCGCAUAAUGAAAAGUUGUUGCGUCCAAUGCAUGGUGCACCGAUUAAGCUCAGGCCACUAGUCUAA